AUGUUUUGCAAGAUUUUUGUCGUAUCUGCUAUUCUUUCUGCCGCAGCUGGUGCUUUAUUACCACUGUCUAUGCACCAUGCUCCUCAACCAUACAAGUUUGGAUACAAUAUAAAGGAUAAGCAUGGAGAUCAAUACAGAGAGGAGGUGGGUGAUGGAGCUAGUGGCGUGAAGGGCAGCUACGGAUUCUCUGAUGCCAGGGGCGUUCACAGACAGGUGGACUACGUUGCCGACCAUGCCGGAUUCAGGGCUCAAGUCAAGACCAACGAGCCUGGAACAGCCAAUCAAGACCCUGCUGCCGUCAAGAUGAUCUCUUCUGCUCCAUAUGCCGGACCUGAAGUCGGACUCUUGGGCACCGGACUUGUGGGUGCACCUGCUGUCUUAACUGCACCAGGCAUCUUUGGCGUCAACGGAUUAGGACGAGGAUAUGGAGGAUUGGGAUACAAUGAUCUUGGAUAUGCUAGUCUUGGAUAUGGCGUCAACAAUGGAUUUCUUGGACGUGUAGGAUACGCAAGAUAUGGUUUCUGA